UCGAAACGCGCCGUCAGCUUGCCGUGUCGUGCCGCCGAUAGUUCGCAGCCAGCUGUCUUCCGAUAUCAGAUAACCAUACCGUAAACUGCCCGAGAACUACUUAGACUAUAUUAAUUAAUAUAUAUAUUCUCCAUUAUACCAUGUGUUUUCUCAUCGUUUGAAAUAACACACCUCGAAAAGUUGUGUUAAUAUUUUGUGGACAAAAGUUUGAAUUCAUGAUAGAUUAGUUAAGGAGAUGCCAUCUAUUCUUAAAGCAAACCUUACGUGCUUUGUGACGGCAAACAAAGCUUGAAUUUUGUUUACCUAGUUGAUUGAUAAUAUUGAUAUGAAGCUGGUGGCUGCAAUUGGGAGUUGAGCGUGAUUGCCUAAUCUUAAAGUAAAUUACAGCUCGGAGCGAGGAUGGGGAGGAUCUUCCUGGACCACAUCGGGGGUUCGAGGCUGUUCUCGUGUGCGUCCUGCGACACCAUCCUGACCAACAGGAGCGAACUCAUCAGCACGAGGUUCACGGGAGCCACGGGCCGGGCGUUUCUCUUCAACAGAGUCGUUAAUCUGAACUACAGCGACGUGCAGGACCGGGUGAUGCUCACGGGCCGCCACAUGGUGCGGGACGUGUCCUGCAAGAACUGCGACGCCAAGCUGGGCUGGAUCUACGAGUUUGCGACGGAGGAGAACCAGCGCUACAAGGAGGGGCGCGUGAUCCUGGAGCGGGCGCUGGUCACCGAGAGCGACGGCAUUGAGGAGCACAUGGGCGACGACUGAAGCCCGGGGGGCUCCCUCCCUCCCGCUCCCGGGGACACGGACCUGCGCGUUUCCAGAAUACUCACAGCUGCAUGCACACUGGGUUCACCUUGUUCGUCAACCGACGACCGCCAAAGUCAAAAUGUUUCUAUUUUCAGUUCAACUAUUUCAUGCAAAAUAAAUCACGGAACUACACGGAUUCACGAUAUUUAUGAGUAAAAAAUUUUUUUUGUGAACAACUGAUUUUUAUUCGCCUUCAUCUUAGAAAUUUAUUGUAAAAGUUAGUUUGUCUAAUAUUUAUCGAAUUUUUUUUUUUUUUUUAAAGUGUGUGUGUAACUUUGUAUGCAGUUAAUAUCAGUGUGUAUCUGAAAGUAUGUACCACUAUCUAUGUUGAGUGUACAACAAUGAAGCAUUUAAAACUUUAAAAAAAAAUUUUUGUAAUAAAACUUUAAAUACAUAAAUAUUACUGUGUAUGGUA